AUGGAAAAAGUUUUAGCGAAGAAGAGAGCCAUUGUGGAGGCUGUUCUAGCCGAUACGUCUGAAACAUUCUUAUCUAGUGCUUUGGUACUUGCUCAGUCCAAUAGUUCAGUUUUGGAAGAAGAAGAGGACGUUCUUUUUGCUGUGAUUUUAGCUUACUUAAAGAUUAGAGAACUUGAACUUGAUUCUGAUAAAGUGGCUUAUGAUAAACGUCGUGAUCGAGUUGAAGAGAUUUAUGUGAAGUAUUUGAAAUUCCUGCAAGAUUUAGUCGAUUGCCGGUUGGAAUCAGAAUUACCAGAUACUGCGAAGCUUUGGGGAAUUGUGGAAGAGGUUGUGAAGACUAAAGUAGUAACAAGAGAAGAUAAGGUUUAUCUGUACAAUCAAAAGAAAAUCUAUCGAGAGAAGUUGUUAAAUGACUUUCGGGUGGACUGGCUAGUUGUUUUUGCUGCAUUAGAAGCUACUAGAAAGAUUGAAGUUCUUCAUAUUGAGAAGAACAUUCUUUCUUUAUCUGAACAGGAGAUAAGAGUGGCUGACCACCAAAAAACACCACUAAACAUACAAAAACUCAAUCACGUAAACCAUCCAGUACGUCUAACCGCCCGAACCAGUAAGGAAGAUAUGCAACGACUACUUACUCCCACCAAUGCUCCAACUAUGACAAUAGAAGAGUAUGGCGACCGAAUGUUAGCACAGAUGAAGCAACAAGGCCUAGCAAUUCCUUCUAGUACCAAUCCAAUUCUUCAAGAGAUAGAUUCAGAAUCUGAGAGUGGCGAUAUAUCUAUUGAAGCUACCGAAGCCGAAAGAAAGCGAAAGGAGCAAGAUCCAGGUCUAGUUACAGGUGAUGGCAACCGUAUGGGUCGUAAGUAA